AUGGCGACCCGGCGGCUGCUGCUCUCCCCUGCCUCCUGCCUGAGGCGGACUAAGGCCCAGGGCGCUCCCGCGGCCCCCGGGCUGCGGAGGGGCUACAGCAGCGCCGACUCCUUCCAGUACCUGCACCGCAGCAUCGUGCCCACCAUGCACUUUCAGAAAAGCCUGCCCAGGUUGCCAAUUCCCAAACUAGAAGAUACUGUUAGGAGGUAUUUGAAUGCCCAAAAGCCUCUAUUAGACGAUGAUCAAUUCAGGAAAACUGAAGAACUUGGUCGCAGCUUUGAACAUGGAAUUGGAAGAGAAUUGCAUGAGCAGCUGGUUGCUCAAGACAAGCAGAACAAACAUACUAGUUACAUCUCAGGUCCCUGGUUUGAUAUGUAUCUAAGUUCACGUGACUCUGUUGUUUUGAAUUUUAACCCAUUUAUGUCUUUCAACCCUGACCCAAAAGCUGAAUAUAAUGAUCAGCUCACACGAGCAAUUAACAUGACUGUUUCUGCUCUGCGUUUUUUGAAGACCCUCAGGGCUGGCUAUCUAGAGCCAGAGGUUUUUCACCUCAAUCCAGACAAAAGUGACACUCAAACCUUUAGGAGACUCAUUCGAUUUGUGCCUUCAUCUCUCUCAUGGUUUGGUGCCUACAUGGUCAAUGCAUACCCCUUAGAUAUGUCUCAGUACUUCCGACUUUUCAAUUCCACACGAUUGCCUAAGCUCAGUCGAGACGAGCUUUUUACAGAUGAAAAAGCAAAGCACUUGCUGGUGCUCAGAAAUGGGAAUUUUUAUGUAUUUGAUGUCCUUGAUAGAGAUGGAAAUAUAGUGAAGCCUUCUGAAAUACAAGCACACCUGAAAUACAUACUUAGUGACAAUAGUCCAGCCCCAGCCUUCCCUCUUGCAUAUUUGCCCAGUGAAAACCGAGAUACAUGGGCACUACUGAGACAGAAGCUACUCGAUAAUGGCAAUGAAGAAGUCCUCCAAAAAGUGGAUUCUGCUGUCUUCUGUCUAUGUUUAGAUGACUUCCCCAUUAAAGACCUUGUGCACUUGUCCCACACCAUGUUGCAUGGAGAUGGUAUUAACCGCUGGUAUGAUAAGUCCUUUAACCUUAUCCUUACCAAAGAUGGCAAUGCGGCCAUUCAUUUUGAACACUCCUGGGGAGAUGGUGUGGCUGUAUUAAGAUUUCAGAAUGAAGUAUUUAAAGACAGCACCCAGAAGCCAGCUGUCACCCCACAAUCGCAACCUGCUGCAGUUGACUCUUCCAGCGCUGUGCAGAAACUCAGCUUUAAGUUGAAUGAUGCCUUAAAAGCAGGAAUUACCAAAGCCAAACAGAACUUUGAUGCCACUAUGGAAACCUUGACUCUUGAUUUUAUUCAGUUUAAGAAAGGAGGCAAGGAGUUUUUAAAGCAGAAGAAGAUAAGUCCUGAUGCUGUGGCUCAGCUUUCGUUCCAGAUGGCUUUCCUUCGGCAGUACGGCCAGACUGUUGCCACGUAUGAGUCUUGCAGUACGGCAGCUUUCAAACACGGUCGCACAGAGACCAUCCGUCCUGCCUCCAUCUAUACAAAGAAGUGCACGGAAGCUUUUGUCAGGCAACCUUCCAAACACAGCACAGAGGAGCUUCAGCAGAUGAUUGCUGAGUGCUCAAAGUACCACGGCCAGUUGACAAAAGAAGCUGCUAUGGGUCAAGGAUUUGAUCGGCAUUUGUUCAGUUUGCGUUAUUUGGCAGCAUCAAAAGGUAUCCCAUUACCUGACAUCUACCAGGACCAAACCUACGCUAAGCUGAAUCACAACAUUCUGUCCACAAGCACACUGAGCAGCCCAGCUGUGAAUAUGGGAGGAUUUGCUCCAGUGGUGCCGGAUGGCUUUGGUGUAGGCUAUGGAGUGCAUGAUGAUUGGAUUGGCUGCAGUGCCUCUUCUUACCCAGCCAGGAAUGUACACGAAUUCGUCCAGUGUGUGCAUAAGUCACUGGAAGAUAUUUUUCAUGUUUUAGAAGGUAAGCAUAUCCGUAGUUAG